CGCACCCUUUCGACGUAUGGGCAAAGAUUUUCCGGGAGAAUGGUUCUUGUUGUACCAUCUUCUUCUUUGUGAAUUUGAAAAUUUUCAUUCACGCACACAUUCAAUUCGAUGAUUGUCUUCGAUUUUGGGAAAUUCUUGAGGAAGACUUCAGUUCUACUACGGAACUCCAGAAGGGCAACGACUUGUACUCUCCCGUUGGAGCCGCCCCCGACCACCUCCGCUGCGGUUUUGUCGGAGGCUGAAGUCUCCACCGCUCCAUACAAUCAAUUCUCCCACUGUAUGUCCUUGGUGAAAGGGCUCGUCCAACGUGGUCUCGUGAACGAUGCUCGGAAAGUUACUGGCCGUCUUAUGAGUUUAUGCUUUUCUGCCUCGGAGGCAGCUUCAGCUGUCGAUUUUGCAAUCGAGAGUGGGAUAGGACUUGAUUCAGGUUCCUUCGGCGCGUUGAUAAGGAAGCUUACGCAGUUGGGUCGGCCUGAAUUGGCUGAAGCGGUCUACCGUGGAACUGUAAUCGGUAAUGAUAUCGUUCCUGAUGUCUGGAUUUUGGAUCCAAUGGUUAUUUGUCUGAUUAAAUUAGGGAAAUUUGAUGAAGCUAGGGACCAUUUCGAUAGGAUUCUGGACUCUGGUUGUGUUCCGAGCCAACAUGCUUGUAGCUUGAUACUUGAAGGGCUUUUAGAGCAAGAUCGGUUUUUGGAGGCUUUUGACCGCAUUGUUCGGUUGUACGAAAAGGGUGUUAGGUUAAGCCUUUGGUGUUGUAAGAAACUGUUUAAGGGGUUGUGUUAUCAAGGUCACUUGGACGAGGCGAGUGAGAUGUUAAAUCCGCUAUGUGAAAUAGCAGGAGCACGUCUGCCGCUUAAUAUGUACAAGUCCUACUUUUACGGCCUUUGCAGAAUAGGAUGUGCUAUAGAGGCUGAGGCGCUGUUUGAUCAAAUGGAAUAUGAUGGCUACUAUGUUGACAAGGUGAUGUACACUUGUCUGAUAAAAGGAUAUUGCAAAGAUAAGAAUAUGACAAUGGCGAUGCGGGUGUACUUUCGGAUGCUGAAGAAAGGUUGUGAACCUGAUCAGUAUGUCUUCAACACGUUGAAUCACGGGUUUGCAAAAGUGGGUCUCUUUGAUAAGGCACAGGUAAUUUGUAAUCAGAUGAUGGAAAAGGGCAUGCACCCGACCGUGUUCACGUACCAUUCAAUGAUCAGGAGCUAUUGCGAGGAAGGGAAUGUAGACUAUGCUCUUAUGGUUCUUGAAGACAUGGUAAAAAAGGAUGUAGCUCCCAAUGUGCAUUGUUACACGAGUAUUAUCGCCGCUCUUUUGCAUAAGAAUCGAGUGGAUGAAGUCGAUGAGUUGUAUACAAGCUUAUUGGAAAAUGGGGUACCUGACCAUAUUCUGUUUGUUAUCCUCUUAAAGAUGAUCCCAAAAGGGCGUGAGCUAGAGUUUGCUCUCAUGAAUUUACAGGCUAUUGUCAAAAAUGGGUGCGGGAUUGACCCCUCACCAAUUCUUAAUGAUCUUGAAGAUAUUGAAUCAAAGGUUGACUCUUUACUUUUGAUUAUUGCUGAACGAGAUGCAGAUUUAGCUGUUUCAGGAUUUGCAAUCGUCACAACUGCUUUAUGUGCACAAAGAAAUCCUGAUUCUGCUUUAGACUAUGUGAAUAAGAUGGUGAGUCUGGGAUUUAGACCCUUGCUUUUCUCAUUCAAUUCUUUGAUCAGGUCUCUGUGUCAAGAUGGGCGGUUCGAGGAUUCUGAGUCAUUGAUUAAUAGUAUGCGAGAAGGGGGCAUUGUUCCUGACCAUGUUACUUAUCUUGUAAUGGUGAAUGAGUAUUGCAGGAGAGGUGAUAUUGACUCUGCCUUUGAUCUAGUGGUUGAAAUGGAGGAUUCAGGGUUAAGCCCUACAGUAGAAAUUUAUACUCCGAUAAUUGGUUCGUUAGGUAGAGAUGGAAGAGUUGUUGAAGCCGAAAACACAUUUCUGAGGAUGCUUAAGUCGGGCAUUAAACCCGAUGAGAUUGCUUAUCAGACUAUGAUCCAUGCUUAUGCCAGAAAUAAAAACAUUAAAGGAGCACAUGGAUUGUCUGAAGAAAUGGUGAAUCGUUCGGCUAUCCAUAACCCUUAUGCCUACACAAAAUUGAUCAGUGAUUUCAUGGAGAAAGGCAUGACUGACAUUGGGUGUUUGUAUCUUGAUAAGAUGUUGAGAGAUGGGUUUUAUCCGGACAGAGUGCUAUAUACUUCACUUAUCGGUCAUUUCUUCAAGAAGGGAGAUAUCAAAUUCUCCUUUCGAUUAGUUGACUUAAUGGUGAAAAACCAAAUUGAAUGGGAUCUUGUUACAUACAUCACCUUGCUCUCUGGUAUUUGUAGGGCUAUGGCAUAUGGGAGAAGAAAAUCAGAUGCCACAAGUCCAGAAUCUGAGGAGUGCAAAGAAAGACUUCUUCGACAACUCCACACGAGUCCCGUAUCACAUGGAAGCAUAUUACUGCCCCGUUCUAUGAAGUGCUUUGCCUUGAAGUUGAUAGAAGAGGUGAAAGAUUCUGGAUUUACACCGAGUUUAUACCUCUACAAUUCAAUUAUUUAUGGAUUUUGCGCGGUUGGAAAGAUGGACGAAGCCUAUAAUCAUCUAGAAUCAAUGAAAAGUAAAGGGAUAGAUCCAAAUCAGGUCACGUUCACUGUUCUGAUGAAAGGUCACAUUAAGUCUCAAGAGAUCGAUUAUGCUAUUGCGUUGUUUAACCGAACGAGUGGCAUCAUUUGCAAGCCAGACAAAGUUAUGUAUAAAACUCUGCUUAGGGGUCUCUGUGAUGCUAUCAGACCUGAUGAUGCCCUAACCUUAGUGUACACGAUGCAGAAGAGGGGGUUUUAUCCAGACAAGGUCUCCUAUGAAAUGUUACUCCGUUGUCUUUGUGCCUCUGGGCUGUCCAGCGCGGCCCUUGAAAUGCAAAAGGACAUGCUUGUUCUCAAUAUGCAGCCGAGUUCAUUCAGCCAAAACUGGUUGUUUUGCAUCUUGUGCGAGGAGAAGAAGUUUGAUGAGGUCCGUGAUUUGUACUGUGCGAUGGAUCGAUGUGGAAGAGCUCCUUUGAAGUGGACGAAAUGGGCAUUGGCAAAGGCAAAUAAUUCGGUCCAGCUUUGCAGAUGAGAUGUAACUCCUACUGUUCCGGUAAUAGAUAUAUAGCAGAAUGAGAACUGGAAAGUUUAUGCUCCGCUUCUAGCAGUCAGGUCCAUCUCAUGUUUCCUCAUCGAUGCAAACCCGUUUCUUUUGAGGCUCCAAGCGAGUACCAAAGUCCAGCUUUUGCCUUCCUGUCCCGACUGAACCAAGGGGAAGUAAUUUCCAGACAUAUGCCUGUACAUAAAUGUACAUGUGUUGUAUAUUGUAUUCCGUGCUUGAAAAGGAAUGUUCAGUUGCAGAGAGACUGAGAAGUUGGUGGAGCAUGUUCAUGCUCAACACUUUUGUAGUGUUCAUAAAUGACAACUGGGAAAGGAAGUAAGGCCAAUGUCUGCCAGUGAGAUCGUCACAAGUUUUUACUCGUUGAGACAGGCUUUGACAGUCAGAGCGGGACUGGACCCGAAGCUGAAGCUGGAACAUGCCGAAAAUCUUAGGACACUGGGACCAAACUCAGUAUUCUUACCAGCUUUGACUCCAUCAAGACAUAAAGUUCCAGAUUUUUCAGUUGAACAGCAUAAUAUGUCCAAUGCCCAUCCAUCCGGCAUCUUGUGAUAUUGAUGGGCUUUAAGAUUCAGAAGAGUAAAGUGAAGUACUUCACAUUUUUUUUUUGAAAUGGACAAAACCCAUUUUUUGUGACCUCAUAAUAGAUUCACUGCAUGGUUUAUGUAAAGUAAGUGUGAAAUUGAUUUGUAUAAAAGAUUAAUCAUGUGUCUUAUA